CCCUCGCUCUCCUCGCGGGCUCGACCACCCCUACCUGUCGGCACCUGCCACGCCGCCGUCGCCGGCUCCAGAUGGGGAAGGACCAGGGCUUCUCUCGGCACUUUCGGAUCUUCAUCCCCAAGAAGCACCGGGCGCGCUUCGACGAAGUGGUGUCACAGGGUCUGCUGGGCAAGUUGUGCCGCGCUCGGCGGGCGCAAGGCGCGCAGGGGCUGCGCCGGAGCCGCAGCGAGGAGCGGCCGGAGCGCCUCCUGGUGUCCACUCGCGCCAGCGCGGCCCCGCGCCGCCCGGACGAGCCGCCACCGCGCAAGGCUGCCUCUCUGCUGGGCGGCCGUGCGGGCCCAGGGGGCACGCGCAGGACAGUACGAGUCUACAAGGGCAACAAGAGCUUCGGCUUCACGCUGCGCGGUCACGGGCCUGUCUGGAUCGAGUCUGUCCUACCUGGGAGCCCGGCUGACAAUGCAUCCCUCAAGUCAGGAGACCGGAUCCUCUUCCUCAAUGGACUGGACAUGAGGAACUGCUCCCAUGACAAGGUGGUGUCCAUGCUUCAAGGCAGCGGCGCGAUGCCCACACUGGUGGUGGAGGAGGGGCUCGUCCCAUUUGCCAGCGACUCCGAUUCCUUGGAUUCCCCCAACCCAUCCUCGGCGCUCACCUCCUUGCAGUGGGUAGCAGAGAUCCUGCCCUCCAGCAUCCGGGUGCAGGGGAGGACUUUCAGCCAGCAGCUGGAGCACCUCCUCACGCCUCCCGAGCGCUAUGGCAUCUGCCGGGCCCUCGAGAGCUUCUUCCAGCACAGGAACAUUGACACCCUCAUCGUGGACGUCUACCCGGUGCUGGACACGCCAGCCAAGCAAGUUCUCUGGCAGUUCAUCUACCAGCUGCUGACUUACGAGGAGCAGGAACUCUGCCAGGAGAAAAUCGCGUGCUUCCUGGGCUACACGGCCAUGACAGCAGAGCCCGAGCCCGAGCUGGACCUGGAGCCGGAGCUAGAGCCGGAGCCCGAGCCGGUGCCUGAGCUGCAGCGGCGCAGUUCACUGAGGGCUUCGUCCAUGUGCCGCCGCAGCCUCCGGUCCCAGGGCCUGGAGGCCAGCCUCAGUUGCGGUCCCGGCGACUGCCCCGAGAUGCCUCUUCCUCUAAUUCCAGGCGAGCGCCAGGCGGGCGACGGCACGUCCCUCCCUGAGACCCCCAACCCUAAGAUGAUGUCAGCCGUCUAUGCAGAGCUCGAGUCCCGGCUGAACAGCAGCUUCAAAGGGAAGGUGGGGACCACGUCCAGAUCCCGUGCCUCCCCACCAGUGCCCAGCCCGGCAGGCCCAGCAGGGCCCAGGACCCUGUCCAGCAUCUCGUGGCCCAGCGAGCGACUCCUGCCCUCCCCCUGCUACUACCCACUGUGUUCAGGGGGCCUGGCCUCCCCCAGCAGCUCUGAGUCCCACCCCUACGCCAGCCUGGACAGCAGCAGGGCACCCUCCCCACAGCCAGACCCUGGGCCCAUCCGCUCCGACAGCCCCCCAAGCCCGGACCCUGCCCGCCCGCCCAGCCGUAGGAAGCUCUUCACCUUCUCCCGCCCUGUGCAAAGCCGGGAUACUGACCGCUUCCUGGAUGUGCUGAGUGAGCAGCUGGGCCCCCGGGUCGCUGUCGUGGAUGACUUCCUGAGCCCUGAGAAUGAUUAUGAGGAGAUGAGCUUCCACGAUGACCAGGGGAGCUUUGUGACCAAUGAGCGGAGCAGCGCUAGUGAGUGCAUCAGCAGCAGUGAGGAGGGCAGCUCCCUGACCUACUCCUCCAUCUCCGACCACAUCCCCCCACCCCCACUCAGCCCCCCGCCUCCACCACCUCUGCCCUUCCAUGACCCAAAGCCCAGCUCCCGAACCCCUGAUGGUCCCCGGGGCCCUUCUCAGACACUGGCCAAGCCCCUCACCCAACUCAGCCACCCUGUCCCUCCACCGCCCCCACCACCCCUGCCCCCACCGGUGCCCUGUGCACCCCCCAUGCUGUCCCGGGGCCUGGGCCACCGGCGAAGUGAGACCAGUCACAUGAGCGUCAAGCGCCUGCGGUGGGAGCAGGUGGAGAACUCGGAAGGCACCAUCUGGGGUCAGCUCGGGGAAGAUUCUGACUAUGACAAGCUGAGCGACAUGGUGAAAUAUCUUGAUUUGGAGCUCCAUUUUGGCACCCAGAAACCUACCAAGCCAGUGCCUGGGCCUGAACCCUUCAGGAAAAAAGAGGUGGUGGAGAUCCUGUCUCACAAGAAGGCCUACAACACCUCCAUCCUGCUGGCUCACCUGAAGCUGAGCCCGGCGGAGCUGCGGCAGGUGCUCAUGAGCAUGGAGCCCCGGCGCCUGGAGCCCGCGCACCUGGCGCAGCUGCUGCUCUUCGCGCCCGACGCCGACGAGGAGCAGCGCUACCAGGCCUUCCGCGAGGCGCCCGGCCGCCUCAGCGAGCCCGAUCAAUUCGUCCUGCAGAUGCUCUCGGUUCCCGAAUACAAAACCCGCUUGCGAAGCCUGCACUUCCAAGCCACCCUGCAAGAGAAGACGGAGGAGAUCCGGGGCAGCCUGGAGUGCUUGCGCCAGGCCUCCCUUGAGCUCAGGAACAGCCGGAGGCUCGCCAAGAUCCUGGAGUUUGUGUUGGCCAUGGGCAACUAUCUCAAUGACGGACAGCCCAAAACCAACAAGACCACCGGCUUCAAGAUCAACUUCCUGACAGAGCUGAACUCCACCAAGACUGUGGACGGGAAGUCCACCUUCCUGCACAUCCUUGCCAAAUCACUGAGCCAGCACUUUCCAGAACUCCUGGGCUUUGCUCAGGACCUGCCCACAGUGCCCCUGGCUGCCAAAGUGAACCAACGGGCCCUGACCAGUGAUCUGGCUGACCUCCAUGGCACCAUCAGUGAGAUACAGGCUGCUUGCCAGAGCAUGUGCCCCUCCAGUGAGGACAAGUUUGCUGUGGUCAUGACGUCCUUCCUAGAGACGGCCCAGCCGGUGUUGCGGGCCCUGGACGGGCUGCAGCGCGAGGCCAUGGAGGAGCUGGGCAGGGCGCUGGCCUUCUUCGGCGAGGACUCCAAAGCCACCACCUCUGAGGCCUUCUUUGGCAUCUUCGCAGAGUUCAUGAGCAAGUUCGAGCGAGCACUCAGUGACCUGGAGGCUGGGGAUGGCCCGCGCAGCUCGGGGAUGGUUUCACCCCUGGCCUGGUGACCUGCGGAGCCUGUCCUACCUGAGGCCCGUCCCAGUGGCCUGGAGCAGCCCAGAGAAGCCUGGUGGGAGACGGGGCCCAGCCUCCCCGUGGCUCCAGCUACCUCAGCCGUCAGGCUCUGGGCACCGGGAAGGUGCAGGGUCCGCCGGCUGCCCCUCUGUGGGCCUUGGCCCUGACUCUGGCUCCAAUGGAGCACUGGGGGCUUGAGGCGAAGAGGAGGUGCCAACUCCCCAAGGAGUGUGAACCUUGGCUGCCCACAGGUGUGCUCACCCUGGAAGGCCUGGCUUUGCCCUGCCUUGCUCUGGGCCUUGGAGCAGGUGCUGGCUGUGCACACCCUCAGGACUCUGGCUGGUCCCAGGGAGGGGUGACAGGGCUGCGACCCGCAAAUGGACUGUGGGGCAGCCCCCACCCUGGAGCAGCGUCUGCUGUCUGCCCCUCCAAGCUUGGCCAGAGCAUACUCCGCCCCAAACGAGGACAUCGGAAUCUCCUUUUGGGGCCUGCUCCCAGUGGACUGGAGUGACGCCCUUGCAGAACAUUCACUCUGGAGCCUGGAGAAGGUGACAGAUGCCCUUGAACAUGCCCGGCCAGUGGGCACAAUUGGCCUUGAGGUCCCUUUCCCAGCCCCAGCCUCCUGGGGCAGCUCAGAAGAAAGCAGGAGAAAGGACAUCCCUGGGUACAGGGAUCUGGGGGCCCGGGCACCUAGUCUGGGUCUUGGAAGCUGGAAGAAACUGCAGCCAGCUGCAUCCCAGAAGCAGGACAGGCAGGACAGAUGCUGGGCAGGGAUCCGGAGGAGGCGAGGAUUAGGAAGACACGCCAUGUCAGACUGGAGAAUUGGGGGCUUUAUCCAGCAGACAAGUUUUAGUUCAGUUUGGGGAGCCUGAAAGUGGGAUGGUGUGGUCAAGGUAGGGGCAGAGAGAACAGAAAGAUAUCCAGGUGCUGGGUCAGCAGGAC